UAUAAAACAUACUGGUCCAAUUUAUAUGAAUUAUGGUGAUAUAAAUGUGUGUAACGGCGGUUUAAUACAACCUGGCUGAGGAUUAAUGUCCCUCCUGACACGCCGUAGCCACGCAUGGUUGCCUGGGAUCAUGUUGAAGGUGACAGGUAGAGUCUUCAUGGCCGGAGCCUUCACCUUGUGGCCGGCCACCGUCUUGGCCGCGGCCGGUGACGGGAAGAAACAAGCAGCGUCGAGGAACCGGGACGACCUCUCUGUGUACGCCGCCUCAGGCCAGCAGAACGCCGUGUCCGAGGAGCCUGAAGGGGGUCAUUUGGAGAGAAGUAUCGCCACCCUCCGAAAGCUGGCGGAACCGUACUCGGCUUGGUGUCGGAUUACUUACGAUCACCUGGAGCCUAAAGUCCAAAGCGUGGUUCGGUGCGGGUCGUGACACUCUCACGUUCCUCAAAGGACCCCGCCGGGGGACUUCUACGCGCGGGCUGGAAUAAUCGGCUUCACCGGCGUGUUGGGGCUGCUUCGAAGACGUUCCCGGGUGAAGAGGCUCAUCUACCCGGCGAGUCUGAUGGCAGUCAGCGCCUCCCUCUACUACCCGGAGCGGGCCGCGGCCAUCGCAAAGUGCGGGGACACCCUGUAUGAUGGUGCCGUGUACAGCUACGCUGCCCUGGACAAGAUGCUCCAUCCCCCGAGCAAAAAAAGCGAGGGAGGUAGCGACUCAGGGGGGAGACGCUGAAGGUGUUGGACGGAAUGACACAAGCCAUUUUUCUCAAUCAUAAGUGUUACCAAACGUUUGUACACUGAUGACAACUCAGGCUGGACAUGGCGUGCCACCAUGCUUCUUACUUGAACAUAUAUUUAUGCAAAUAAGUAAAUAAAAAUGUCCCCCCCCCUGUUUACAUUCUGGAGUGUUCAAAUAUGACUGCCACUGUUUACAACAUGGCAGUAACCUGUUACAAUCACAAGCAGAUUCAAAAUGAUCCAUAUACAGCACAAUAAAAUGAACCCGACUC